AUGUCAACAGUUGUGAGCGAACUGAACGAGAUCGAGUUCAGUUUUCGCGACGAGGGCUCCAUGGCUAGGAAAACGGCGCAUAACGGUUACAACGCCAGCGAAAUAGACGAUACAAGAGCACAAAAGGUCGCUUGGAAGAGCUUAACGUCUGACGUUGUGGCAAAGGUACAAGAGAUUGACAAAGAAGAUGUUGGUACUAUAACAAAAACGAGCGAGUUGGCAACAACGGUGCCAAAUGACGUAGAGGAAAAAGGCUUAAGGUCAAAAAAAUUCAUCGAUGGUCGUCUCCUUGACGUUAAACAAGGAGAUCACUUGGACGAAACAGGUCGAUAUAUUAUUCGAAAUGUGCCGAUUGUGAAACAUUCUACAUUACCCCUUGGUUUUUUCAUUCGUCAAGGCGAUGGGUUACUCAGAAAGGAUGGGAUAUUUGUUUCACGUAUUGCUAAAGGGAGUGUAGUCGAAGCGAACGGACUUCUCAAAGUUGGAGAUGAAAUUGUUGCGGUAAAUCAUGUCGAUGUUGAAGGUUUUUCUCUGGAUGAUGUAGUGCGACUUAUUCAAAUCCCUCGAAAAUUAAUUUUGACGAUCAAAACGAACGCCUCUGUUUUCAAGCGAAGCUCAUCGGUGGGGGAAUCUUAUGGCUAUAUAACUACAAACAAUAGAAAAACGGAAAAAGGAUCAUCGCGGGAGUAUAGGCCAAAAAAUAAGGUUUCCCGCGCGAGUGACUACAGCGAGGCGAGCAACCAUAGCAAACAAACUAUGCAAAUAGAGACGGAAGCUUUUAAUGUCGAUAAAAAUGCAAAUGAGUUUCGGGACUUUUCAAGAUCAUCGGUGCGUUCGGAGGGAUCAUCGACUAUCGAGGACCUUAUUAACGCGAUUCGAGCGCAGAAUACUCGAUUCCAGCACGCUAAACGAAGUUUAGAACACUCUGGAAGUUUUCCGUUGGAUCAAAGCCAGUUAUCUAAGUCGGGGGAAGAGGUGCGAAGUGUUAAGAGCUCUCAGACGAGACAGACAGGACGACUGCCACGAAAUCCUGGGAUUCCUACGAGAAAGCCAUCAGCCGAUAGCAUAAUUUUGUCGAAGAGAACUCCGCCGACCGCGGCCCGGAGAUCCAGCACUUUAACUCCUGUCACAACGGUCAACCUUAUCUUCGACGAUCCCGACGAUUACAACUCUGCAAAUCCUUCCAGUCAAAAAAUUAAUGCCGAAAAAGACAGUAUCUCUGAAGACGAUUCCGUUAACGUCAUUUCGGCGAUAAUGAAUUCACGAAGUCUUCCGGGCUCCCCAGGAGGGAGCCCGAAGAUGCGACGAAGACUUCCAUCUGUGCCUUCGGACGGUGGUAGGUCGAGUCGGUCCGGGAGCGAACGCUCAGUUGGUGAGAGUGGCAAUGAGAGUUCUGCUUCGUCUUCUCCCACAGCUGCUAAUCCGCUCUUGACUGUACCAGUUGAACCGAGGAGCCGAAGAAUGCUCCCUACACCACCCCCGUCUCCGGUGGCUGCCCACAAAGAGUCACCAAGCGUGACAGAACAGAAAGUUCAAUUAUCUUCAGAAAAACAAGACAGUAGAAAGUCCAGUCGAAAAGGUGGGAGUGGACUGUCGGAUAGUGAAUCACCGGAAGAUAAAUCACCAACGCUGUCACCUUCGCGGAGGGAUUCCGGAUUGUCGCUAAGCCAAAUUUUCAAUGCUUUGGCCUUUAGGAAUCACUCAGACACAAAUGAUUUGACGGAAAAGAGCAAAGAUAGGCAUGGAGAGAGGACUGAAUCUUAUAAAAUCCCUUCUUCGGCUCAACAGUCCGUCCUUAAAGGUGAGACCCUGCACGAAAAAAUGUUUGAUCAGCAGAAAAGCUCAGUGCUGCCUCAAUCGCGUUCCUCCGGCGGAUUACAGCCACCAAGCCUUCCCCGGAGACUUGCUAGUCGCUCAUCACAGCCGAACUUGUUAGUAGCUGUUCAAGAGGAACAAACCAAGCCAAAUGGAAAGCUCUCGCUUGCUACAAACUCAAGGUUUUCACCUCUUAGCAUAAGGCGCGCUAGCUUUGCUUCGAUCAGUGACAAGAGCUUAACCAAUCAGCUUGCCGAUAAGGACAUGACUGACAGCGAUUUGCUUAGAAGCGAGGCUGAAGAUGGCUUCUUGAUAUUUCCUGAUGAUUAUAGUGGACACAAUUUGUUAUCUUCACAUGCUGUCUCCGGAAUGGUCUCGCUACACAUCAUCAAAGCGACGAAUCUUCAAUUUGCAGACAAGAAGCUGUUAGAGAAAAAGAAAAAAGUGUUUUGUGCUGUCGAGGUGGAUUUUGAGCGAAAAGCUUUCACGAGUUCUAAAAAGGCAUCGAAAAUCCUAAUGUGGGAUGAGAUGUUCGAAGUGGAAAUCCAACAUGGCCGCGAAGUGUGCCUUUCUUGUUUCACUUCCAGCCACGAAUAUGAUAAACCCGUGGGUAAGGUGUCCUUCAAUCUUUCGCCCUUUGUGCGCGUUGGAAAGCAACACAAGGUUUUGUUCCGAAUGAAUCCACAAGGCGCAAUUCACAUCGAAAUGGGUUUUAUUGAGAUGAAGACACUGCUUAAACGAGCUCCGUCCGACAGAAAAUCGGGCGUUUUCGGUUUCCAGCUCAAUGUGACGUCGAGAAACGAGAACGCUAGCGUCCCGUUAGUCGUGCGCAAAUGUGUGGAGGAGAUCGAAAAACGGGGCCUGUCGGCCCAGGGUCUGUACCGGAUUUCUGGUAACGCUCGACGUAAAAAGCAGUUACAUGCGCAGUUCGACGAGGACAGCACUACUGUUGAUUUGUCAGAGGAGAAUUACCCCGAUAUAAAUAUCAUCGCGGGAAUUCUUAAGGAUUAUCUCCGGGAACUUCCCGAGCCCCUGAUAACCGAAUCUCUGUCCAAACUUCUGAUCCGAGCAGCGCAGGAUCAUGUUCAAGACCAGGACCAGGCUUCCCAGAAGCGUCUUCUUUCAAAAUUUCUCGUCCAGUUACCGCAGAACAACCGAGAAACCCUGGUGUAUUUGUUAAACCAUUUUAUGCACGUGAUCGCUGAGAAGGACACCAACAAAAUGGACGCGCACAAUUUGUCGGUGUGUUUCGGGCCAGUGCUUUUAUGUCCCCCGGCGAACCUUACAGAGGGCAAAGACUUACUGGACCUGAAGCUCCAUAUUAAGGUCGUCGAGUUUCUCUUCUACCUUUGGAAGAAUGCUGGUAUGGCCAGUACUUAGUUAAAACUGACUUUGUCUUUUCGAGAUUAAGACACCCUCUCUGCUUUUUACCCUGUCAUUUUUAGUCAUUUCAUUAUACUACAAAAAUUGACGAUCGCUCUGUUCAAUUUCCAUAUUGCUACCCACAACGUGAUAUGCAAUAAAGUAACAGCCCACGAGGGUAUGUUUUUUUUUGCAGAUAGUAGAACAAGCUUAGUAAAAUGUUUGAAAACCGUUGCGUCAUGUCUUCUUACGCACGAGACGCCAUAUUUCGCCGUUCUUGCUGUUUUUUUUGGCCUUUAUAUCCCUGAGAAACUGAUAUCUACUGUGAACCUAGCCUGCGUAGCAAGCGUUUCCGCGCGAGUUCGUCGAGAAAAUUGGGACAAGAGCAAAAAAAGAAUUGAAGGGGGAGGGGGAGGGGAACUUUCGCGCUAUAACUCGACUGGAAACGCUUCCUACGCAGGCUACUGAGAAACCUGAGAAGGCUACCUUAGGGUUGUAGCUAUCGAUUAUUGCAUUAUAUCCUUGUACUGCCGCCAUCUAUCACCCUCCUGAUGAUUGGACAAGUUUGCAUGACAAUUCCUCUACCUUUCUUCAUCGUAUUCUAGAGCCGGAAUACCCAGCCUGUCAGGCGUAUCAAAAGGGUGGUGACAGGCUAAUUUCUUUCCACGCACAGAGCAUAUUUUGCCCCCUACGCACUUCUUUAAUAAACGCACCUUGUCUGAUAGACGCCUCCUAUGAGAAUUAGUCCAAAAUACUAAGGAUCAGCAAAAAGGAACAAAAUUAUUCAAUCAUUCAGUUUCUUGCUUGAUUAACAAUGCCGCUUUGCGUAUUUCAUCUUGUUCAAAAUUAAGAUCAAAGUAAGGAUAGACUAACGAUGGCAACAUAAUAACCCUGAGCGAGGAUUCUGAAUUGAAAUUGUAAAUUGUAAAUAUCUUAUUAUCCACUCCCCUCAGGGCUUUUCAGGGACAAUUUACAACACUGGUUGGGAGACUUUAAUUUGCCAGACUGUUUAAGCAAAACGAGUAAUGAUGCCCCCAUAUAUGAGUGUGAAAGUGAGAUAGACCACUACACCAGGCACCCAUAUCUUUAAAACGUCCCGCAGAUUUAUUAAUGUGCGAGGGUUUUCAUGGGAAAGUUUAUCGUCCUUAUCCGAGAAGACUAGAAGGUCUAACCGUUUGCAGAUGUUAUUACAAAGGCAGCACUUUCUCCUCAGUUAUUUAAAGACUCUGAGUGUUAGUCCGGCCGGGGUUUGAACACGCGACCUCCCGCUCUGCAGACCGGCGCUUAUCCCACUGAGCUAACCUGGCGGCGGCAACAGAGAGAUAUGGAACCCCAGACGGCCUAAACGUAUUAGUUGGAGUAGAUAUUCCGCUGUUUUUAAAUUCUCUUGAUAUUUUUGCCGAAAGUACAUUAGUUUUGCCGUGCUUGUUACAGUUAUGAGAAUAAACGCCUCCUACCUAUUAAACGCCCCCGUUUGGACCCCUAAAAUUAAAUAGACGCCCCGGGCGUUUAUUAGGUUAUUUGCGGUAUUUCACAGAUUUGCUAUAUCAUUCUGCCUUUCAAUUGCUUUUCAGUUCUAUUCUCAGGCAAGUUGCUAAGCAGCAAAACAAAUGAAUAUCAUUGCAACAGGCUUUUCAGGUCUAAUCAAAACCCUAAUUUAUACCCUUUCAAAUUAGUUUAGCCCGCUUGUCUACGUAAAAUUACUAAUUUUUAGCAAAACCCUCUUUGUCUUCUUUUGCUUGUUUGUUUCGUUGCCAAGUAGCAAGGCGGAAAAUCAGAGAGAUUCCGAAAGCAUUCGAGGAGCAAAAUAAUUCUCUCUGUAGAUGUUGUAGUUAACUUUUUAUCUCAGGUAAUUUUUGUUUUUCUUUUGUUGUUGGGUAUGGUAAUGUAUGCUAAUAAAGUUGAAACAAAGGAAAAAUAGAAAUAAUUAACUACAACACAGAUGUAGAAGCUUUCAUCCAAAUGAAAUUAGCCUCGUUUUAUUCGUUCAUUAUUGUAAGGUUUCUAUGAAGGCCCGCUUUGUUUGUUGCUCAUUUCGUUGCCAGGUAGCCAGGCGGAAUAUCAAAGAGAUGUCACGGACCUUGGACCAAUCAACUUCAUAGUUUUCGUGGGGAUUUCUUACUGAUUUCAUGGGCUAUUUUCCUGCACAAAUUUAAAAUUCUUUUCCGUGAUUCGAUUCGCUUUUCCCCCACCUGUUGCACUUACUGCCUUUCUACAGCCCGUUUUUUGCAGAUAGCAAGAUAAGGAAAAACCACCGUUUCAGGUAAGGAAUUUUGCUUUACAAUGUGUAUCCCUGUGCAAAAAAAAUUGGAUCCUUUUUCAAAAAAAUAGAUGGUCGGUGGUUGCUUCUAAUUUCAAAACCAUUUCCUAUCAUCAGUUGUUGUUUUUCUCUUAUCCUCUCGUUUAUUUUAAAUUACUCGGCUAUAUUUAUUUUUGAAAUUUCCUUUCCUCAAAUUAAAGUAUUCAUACAUUGAUUCGCCUUCUUUUCUGGCCAAGGGGCACUCGAAAAAAAGCGAUAACUUUUUAAAUUUAGUUUCUUCACGGAUGACCACAUAAUAUUAAUUUUUCGGAGCUUAUCACAGUUCAAGUAAAUUCAGUUUAACGUAUUGUAGCUUUAAAAUGUCCGGCAAUUUUCGAGGAAAUUUUUCGAAGCAUUGUAUUUCCCUAUAGAAUCGGCAGUUCAGUUCUUUAUUACCUGACAGAAGCGAAAUUGCUUGUUCGUCAAGGGUCAGCAAUUUAAGGCUCAGCAUAUAUAUAGGAAUUAUUUGGCGUUUAUUUGUAUUUUCAAAUAAAAGUUUAAGUGACUAAAAAUUCUUAAAAGCAACAACUGUACAGCAAAUAGUUAUUUAUCAAAUCAACAAGAACAGUUUUCUGGGUAUAUGCGACUGAUCUAAAACAUAUUGUUUCAUUGCCCUGUCAGUUUGUCGGAGCGUAAGUUUUUUUUCCCCAGUGUUCAAAAUCAUUUUGCGACAAAACUUCCCGGUCCCGUAAUUCUUAAUUUCGCCUACUAUCAACAGCCGUGUGGUACAAGGAAUAAUUAUAAGGGAGGUCGCGAAAAACCUCCUUCCCUUAUCCUUUCUUUUCUGUUUAAAGCACAAAAACCACAAUUUGAAUGUUUCAAAUAAAAUAGGAUUAGGAUGGUCCUCUCAGAUCCCGUUAUUUGCUACUAAUCACCAGUUAAAACCUUUGUACGGUGGUGAGUGGCAUCGUUAAAUUUUGUUUCCUGUUUUUUUUUUUACAUUAGAGACCAAGCCUUGGCGUUAUGGCAAAUUCAACGCCUCUUUCCGCUAGUGACCAUAGCAACGCAACUAGAGAGGAACUGAUUGACAUACUGAGUACUGGUCAAAAAGUGAGUCUCGCGAUACCAUACAUCAUUAUCGAACCUUUGGCGCUGGGCCUUAACUUUCUCGCUCUUCUGAUCAUAUGGAAGCAAGAAAAGUAUGCUCGCAAAGCAAGCAAGAACCCA